AUGGCUUCACAAGAAGAACAGAAAAUUCCCAUCAAAGUAUUUUUCGACAAACAACACAACAAGGUCGUUGCGGUUGAAUCCACCAAGGAUUUCGUCGACACCUUCUUCAGCUUCCUCUCCCUUCCACUCGCCACCAUCAUUCGCCUCCUCACCAACCACCACCAACAACAACCACCACCGCCACCACUCCUUGGAUGUAUCACGAACCUCUACCAAAGCGUUGAGAAUCUCACCCAAAACGAUGUCUGGAACAGUGUAUGCAAGCACAUGUUACUGUUCCCAAGAAACCCCUGCGACUCACUGUGCUGGAAACUCUUCUUCAACAUCGACGACACUGAACCCUCACCGAGAUUUCUCGUCUGCGAGUACUGCACCAGCAAGUUCACAACUUUCCGCAACCUGAUUUGUGCUUGUGGGAAUCCCGUUAAUGGAAAGCCUCACGAUUUGGAUUGGGAACUAAGAAAGAAGAGUAAUAGUAAUAAUAAUGGUCAUGUCAAUGUGGAUGAUGCUAAGUGUGGGGUUUUUGUGAAGGAGAAUGGGUUUUUGUUUCUUGUGUUUGAUGAUUUGGCAGUUGUGCCGAGUUCUUUGGUCACUUCAGUGCAGAUGCUGCAUCAACUUGGCUAUUCCGAUUUGACUCAGCUUGAACAAGUUACUCGUAGUAUUGGCAAGGACGAGAUUUUGAACUUGCUCAAGUAUACCCUAACCUCAUAUGAGCCUUUGACUAAUAUGGUUUUGGCAAGCGACUCCAAGAAGAAAGACAAACCAUUAAACCCAUUCGCAUCGGCAAUUAGAGUUAUGAGGCCUGCAACCAGUGAGAGUAAAAUGGAUAUAAAGAUACUACAGAGUAAGUCUCAAAACAAGAUAAUGUUUGCAGAAGCUAAGGAAGAUUUUGUCGACUUCAUGUUUAGCUUACUCACCAUACCGUUGGGGUCCAUUGUGAAGCAAUUGGGUGGUAACACUUCAGUUGGUUGUGUUGAUAACUUGUACAAGAGUGUGGAGACCUUAGAUUCUUCAUGGUGUACAGAUUCGCGUUCUGUGUUGCUCAAUCCUGGUGUAGCGCCGCAAUUUAGUUGUCCGAAUCAGCUGCUCAACAUUCCUGAGGGGGAACUUCCUACGUAUUAUUAUGGAAAAGGGACAUAUGAGCCUGAGCCAAAUCCUUACUAUAGUAAUAGAAAAAGAGAAGUUACCUGGACCGGGGGAGUGGUUUCCAAAUCAAAUUCUGACAUCGCCGGUGUAAAACUUCUGACUGCUCUAGACCCAAGAUCCCCAAAGAGAUUGAAAGAAAGUGCUGUGGGGUUUGUGAGAAGACCAGCAUUGUAUGCCGUAGGAGAUGACUUAAGAGUGAGGCCACUUUCUGGUGACUCUUGCAUUUCUUAUUUGAAAGAGUUGAAUGUUCCCAUUGAUGAUCUUGAAAUAAAGGUGAUAAGCAUUGGUGAGGCAGAGGCUUUAAGCCUCCUUGGAGCUUCCUUGACAUCGAAGCAAGCACUGACUACCGGAUUGCAAGACUUUCUGGAUGUGCCGAGACAAGAAUCAAAUUUGGCAUCAAAGUAUACACGCACUAGUCGUCUUGAUGAUCUUUUAAAAGAGGAACCUAAUCCAGAACCCUGAAUACUCCGACGCCUGCAAUUGGAGCAUACAUUACCCACCAUAGUCCAUACUAUUUUGCUUUGAUCAAGAACUAAGAACUUUAGACCUUAUUGUAAAUUUGGAGUACAGAUACUUCAUGCUUUGCCUUUACGUAACACACUGAUACUAGGUUAAGAUUCUUCUUUCCAGUGGUAUGGUCUUACCUAAGUUCUGGAAUACUUUAUGUAACACUAACUUUUGGAUGUUCAAAUGAUGGUAUUCAACAGAGUAUAUUU